UCGCCAGAGUUCUGUAAGAUGUAAACAACGUAGUGUUUGGUAAACAAUAACGUCGCCCGCGGAUUUGUAAACCAGCUAGCUUGAUCAUGUUUUAAAAUUUUAUUUUAUAUUUGAAGAUUAGUAGCUAGCUAUGGCUCAGAAGGUGGGAGGUCAUGAAUAAGUUGAUAUGGUUAGUUAGUAAGCACGUUGUCUGGGUGAACGAUAUUUUGUCAUGAAAUCUGACAGCUCUAGCUAACGUCGUUAUCUAGCUAAUGUAACGUUAGGCGCUAGUCGUUUUCUAGCAAGUUCUUACUAGCUACAGCUCUCAUGUAGCUACUGUGCAAGCAAGUUAAUAUCACUGACGUCACUAGAAGAUGGAACAAGUCUUUGUAAGCCGCACACAACUAGAUAGGUAACUUGCUGGUAGCUGUUAAAGGGGCAAUCUGCGAUUCAAACAACAACAAAGCGGAGUCCCCGCCAUCCAGAGAUGUUUAAUAGUCACAUGUACAGGGUUGCAGGUGUGAUUGCAGGGUACAGUGGAAAUCUUAGGCUCUGAGCUCCAACAUGCAGGACUAAGUGAAAAAAACAACAAUAAAAUUGAAAUUAAAAAACAAAAAUAUUAAUAGAAAUAUAUAGCUGACUAGUGGUGAAAUAGCAGGUAGCUGACUAGUAGUGGCUAUUCAGCAGCCUGAGGGUAGAAACUAUUGGCCAGUCAUCCAGUUCUUGCCAUGAUGCUCCUGUACUGCCCGAGUCUGAGUGAUUGAAGCGAGGAGAACAUGGCGUGGCUACGGGGUCCCUGAUGAUCUUCUUGGCCUUCCUGCAACACCUGGCGUUGAUUUGGUACGCAGCUGGAGGAUGGUAGCCUGGUUACCAGAGAGCCCUAUUUCUGCUCAAAAUCUGUCCACUUAAGCAUAUCCUUAAUUAUUAAGCAGAUUUACCUGUGAACCCCCCCACUGUGUGCUCACUCCAUGGCUGGCCUGGGCCACAGCCGAGGUCGCGGAAAGGGGUACAUGAGCUUCAGUAUCGAGGCAGUCGGGAUUGGGAAAGGGGAGAACCUGCCCCCUUCAAUUCUCCAGCCUACACCUCUGUUCCCUCCCGUGGAACACAAGCCUGUCCCUUUGGUGAUGGGAGAGGAAGCAGAGUACAUGUUGGCACUGAAGCAGGAGUUCAGGGGAAACAUGAAGAACCUACCAUUUUAUGUCCGUCCAGCCGUCUCCAAGAAAGAUGUGGAGCGGUAUUCUGAUAAAUAUCAGAACAGUGAGCCGUCAGACAACACCAUUGAGUGGAAUCCAGACUGGAAAAGGCUACCAAAAGAGCUUCGAAUUUGUGUCAAGAAGGCCCUAAAAGAGAACACCUCUCUUAGUGUGGAGACAACUGUGGACCCCAAACCCAGAAAAAAGACCCGGGUGGACAAAGAGGAGAUCAUCCAUAAUCUAGAGGUGGGAAUAACAUUAGAGGAGGAAGUGACCUCAGAUGAAGAGGAAGGGGAGAAGAAGAAGCAGGAGGAAGAGCAGCAAGAUGGGGAGGAGGAAUAUGAUGAAGAAGAGUUUGAAGAGGAGACCGACUAUAUCAUGUCGUACUUUGACAAUGGAGAGGAGUUCGGAGGGGACAGUGAUGACAACAUGGAUGAGGCCGUUUACUGAUACUUUGAAAAACAACAACGACAGAGAAUUGAGCAUGCCCAGGACCCAAGAGUCCUGGGAAAAUAUAUGUGACACUCCAGAACUGAGAGACACUCCAAAGCUGAGAGAAUGUGCUGUUGUUCUUAGGUCCAUCUUGUAUACAUGGCCUGAAAUUAUCUUAACUCGACACAUGAAUCUUCAAAAUAACCCAGGAUUCAGUCAGUUCCUGGCUUAAAAAAUAAUUUCCGCAGAAGAAGCAGAUUGCACAGUUCAAACCUGCAAUAGUUUUAAAUGGCUCUUAAGUGUGGUGGUGUUAUGGAGAGAGAAGUACGUCAUUCUUCAUAAGCAGACAUCUUUUCUCCGUUUCACCAAUUAUUGUAUAAUUUCUUAGGUUUUUAUCCAAUUAUAGAAAUGUUAAAGAACUUUGAAGAUAUAAAAUGAAGGUGUUUAACACCUAUUUUAAUGUUAUGUUGUUUAAUGUAGUUUAUAUGUAGUUUUAAAAAGUUGUGCUUUGUAAAACUUUUAUAUCCAUGUAAUAUCCCAAUGUUGUUUGUUAUGAAAGAGGAUUUUACUUAACUUGAAAUUCUGAAAGAAUAAAUGGCAGCUAAUUUGUAAA